AUGAAGUACAUAUUCGUUUUCUCUCUCUUUCUCAUUCAUUUCUUAGUCGUGUCCUCAAAGAAGCAGGUGUAUAUAGUAUACUUUGGAGGACACAAAGGAGACAGAGCGUCGCACGAAAUAGAAGAGAUGCAUCACUCAUAUCUAUUAUUAGUGAAAGAGACGGAAGAAGAAGCAAGAAAUUCUCUUAUUUAUAGCUACAAGAACAGCAUCAAUGGUUUCGCUGCAGUGCUUUCCUCAGAAGAAGCUUUGCAGCUUUCUGAAUUUGAAGAAGUGGUAUCCGUAUUCGAAAGUCACCCAAGAAAUUCUUUGCAGACCACAAGAUCAUGGAAAUUUUUAGGGUUAGAUGGAUUAGAAGAAGAUGAGGAGGUACAUGUUGGGGAUCAAUUUAACAUUGGAAGAGACAUACUCUUAAGUGCUAAAUAUGGAAUGGAUAUUGUUGUUGGGGUCAUCGAUACUGGUAUAUGGCCAGAAUCCAAGAGUUUUAAUGAAGAGAAUAUGGAUCCCAUUCCCAAAUCAUGGAAUGGUAUAUGCCAAGAUGGAGUUGAUUUCAACUCUUCGCAUUGUAAUAGAAAAAUUAUUGGGGCUAGGUACUAUCUUAAGAACUUUGAAGUACACUACGGUUCACUAAAUUUCUCUGAAGAUAUUAAAUCAGCACGUGAUGUGAAUGGUCAUGGAACCCAUAUAGCCUCAAUAGUAGCAGGCCGACGCAUUAGGGGUGCAGCUGCCUUAGGUGGAUUUGCGGAAGGUACUGCCUCUGGUGGUGCACCAAAUGCCCGCCUCGCAAUAUAUAAAGUCUGUUGGGUUGAACCAGGAAGAUCAAAAAUCAACUCGUUAGAUUGUCUUACAGCUGACAUUGUAGCUGCCAUCGACGAUGCCAUUGGAGACGGUGUUCACGUUUUAAGCAUUUCUAUCGUGGGAUCUAAAUCAAACCAUUAUCAUCAAGAUGGUAUUGCUAUUGCUGAACUUCACGCCCUAAAAAAUAAUAUUGUGGUGGUAUGUUCUGCUGGGAAUGGUGGUCCAAAAUUGAGCACGGUAUCGAAUGUGGCACCUUGGGUCAUCACGGUUGGAUCAAGUAGUAUUGAUCGCAAGUUCAUUAGGCCUCUUGUGCUAGAUAAUGGCAUACAAUUCAUGGGGCAAACAGCGACUUCGUUUGAGCUAAACAAUAUGCACAAAUUAGUGCGUGCAGUAGAUGUCGAAAACCCUAGUGUUGAAGAUGCUGCAAAAGGGAAGUGCACCUAUGGUUCCCUCCCACUGGGAAAGAUUAAAGGGCAUAUAGUGUUAUGUGAUAAUGGACAAGGAAGAAGAACAGAAAAAGGCAUUGAGGUGAAAAGGGUAGGGGGUGCUGGUUUUAUUCUUCGAAACAAUGAAGAACUGGGUAAUGAAGUAGAAGUCGAGAAUCAUGUUCUUCCAGCCAUUACAUUAACAGCCUCUGAUGCAAUGAAUGUCUCAAACUACAUUAAUUCAACCAAGAAUCCCAUGGCAACUAUUGGAGAUGCAAUGACCAUUAUUGUUAAGAAUGAACCAGCACCAUUAGUAUGUAGCUUCUCAGGUAGGGGUCCAAGCCUCAAUGACCCUUUCAUUCUUAAGCCUGAUAUUGUAGCUCCGGGUUUGAAUAUAUUGGGAGCAUGGAGUGAGGAUUCAACUCCAACUAUGGAACCACAUGAUUCUCGACAGGUCGAGUAUAAUAUUCUUACUGGGUCUUCUAUGGCUACUCCUCAUGUUGCUGCUGUAGUUGCACUUGUUAAAGCUAUUCAUCCUAGCUGGAGUAGUGCAGCUAUACGAUCUGCUGUACUGACUACAGCCUCAACGAGAGAUAACAUGGGUUCAUUAAUAACUGACUAUGAUGGUAAAAUUGCGACUCCCUUUGCACUUGGGUUUGGUCAACUCAAUCCAACAAAAGCAGUAGAUCCUGGUUUAGUAUUUGAUGCUUCUUACACAGACUACCUUAUUUACCUAUGCAAUAAUGACCUAAAAACUAUCGACAAAAUCAGAUCAUUUGAUCAAAUUUUUGAGUGUCCAGAAGAAAGAACACCAGUAUACAAUCUCAACUAUCCAUCACUGGCAAUCCCACAACUAAAAGACAAUAUAACAAUUAAGAGGACUGUCACCAAUGUUGGAAAUUCAAAUAGUGAUUAUGUUAUUAGUAUCAAAAAACCAACUGGGUUACUAGUGAACAUCAAUCCAAAAACUCUAUCCUUUGAUCAUGUGGGGCAGAAGAAAAGUUUCGAAAUUACAAUGAUUCCAAAUGGCUAUGCUAAGAAGUAUCUUAAAAAUAGUUAUAGAUUUGGGUCAUACACUUGGACUAAUAAAGAUCAUACCGUUACAAGUCCUAUAGUUGUCUCUUUUGCUUGA